CGAGCUGCCGCCCGCGGCGCGUGCGCUCUCGCCGCAAACCGUCCCCAGCGGCCGAGCGCGCGGCGCACCACGACUCCGGCACGGCCGCGCUAUCGUCAACUUCCACCCACACCCCAAUGUCCCCCAUAUUCGCGCCACCAAACUCAUCCCCACGCCAACGAAAGCAGAACAUCGGAAAGACAGCCAGUCUCAUAAUAAAGGACAAUCACGCUGCGCGUGCGCACGGCACCCGGGACUCAGACACCGCCCCUACUUCUGCGCAAGCGCACGUGCAGGCCUUCCCAGUGCAUUCUGGGAGCUGUAGGCGGAGUUCGGAGCUGCCACCGCAAGGGCCGCCGGGAUUCGGAGGCCCAGCUGUUCUCACAGCAUUGAGUGCCCGCCGCAAAGUCCCCUGGGAGUUGGAGGCGACCGGCCCCAAAGGCUCCUGGGAGUUGUGGUUCUUUGUGUUUUGCUAAUGGCCCAGCUGUUCGUUAGCAGAGCAGUAAAUGCCCUCCGCAAAGCCACCUGGGAGUUGUAGGCUACAGGCCCAAAAGCUCCGGGCAGUUGUGGUCCUUUUUGCUUUCGCGUUUUCUGGAAGCCCAGACUGUCCAGCGCUGGUGCUACUCAGGAGCAGCCCCGCCGCGAUGCCCGCCCCGCAGUGCGCCUCCUGCCACCAGGCCCGCGCCGCCCUCCGCCGCCCGCGCUCCGGGCUGGCCCUGUGCGGCGCCUGCUUCUGCGCUGCCUUCGAGGCCGAGGUGCUGCACACGGUGGUGGCGGGCCGCCUGCUGCCGCCCGGCGCCGUGGUGGCCGUGGGCGCGUCCGGCGGCAAGGACUCCACGGUGCUGGGCCACGUGCUGCGCGCUCUGGCCCCGCGCCUGGGCGUGUCGCUGCGCCUGGUGGCCGUGGACGAGGGCAUCGGCGGCUACCGGGACGCGGCGCUGGCGGCCGUGCGGCACCAGGCGGAGCUCUGGGAGCUGCCGCUCACCGUGGUGGCCUACGCCGACCUGUUCGGGGGCUGGACCAUGGACGCCGUGGCCCGCAGCGCCGCCGGCUCCGGCCGCAGCCGCGCCUGCUGCACCUUCUGCGGGGUGCUGCGGCGCCGCGCGCUGGAGGAGGGGGCGCGCCGCGUGGGAGCCACGCACAUCGUCACGGGCCACAACGCGGACGACAUGGCGGAGACGGUGCUCAUGAACUUCCUGCGCGGGGACACGGGCCGGCUGGCGCGGGGCGGACUGCUGGGCUCGCCGGGCGAGGGGGGCGCGCUGCCGCGCUGCCGGCCGCUGCAGCUGGCCUCGCAGAAGGAGGUGGUGCUGUACGCGCACUUCCGCCGCCUGCGCUACUUCUCGGAGGAGUGCGUGUACGCGCCCGAGGCCUUCCGCGGGCACGCGCGCGCGCUGCUCAAGCUGCUGGAGGCGGCGCGGCCGUCGGCGGUGCUGGACCUGGUGCACUCGGCCGAGCGCCUGGCGCUCAGCCCCGCCGCCCGGCCCCCGCCGCCCGCCGCCUGCUCCCGCUGCGGGGCGCUGGCCAGCCGCGCGCUCUGCCAGGCCUGCGCGCUGCUGGACGGCCUCAACCGCGGCCGCCCGCGCCUGGCCAUCGGCAAGGGCCGCCGGGGGAUGGACGAGGGGGCCGCGCGGGCGCGGGGGGCUCUUCCCGGGGGCGGGGACGCAGAAGCCCCUCCUCCCGGGGGGCUGGACACAGGCGUCCCUCCUUCUGGGGACCAGGACACAGACGCCCCUCCUCCAGGGGAGCUGGAUGCAGGCGCCCCUUCUUCUGGGGGGCUGGACACCGGCGCCCCUCCUUCUGGGGAUCCGGAUAUAGCCGCCCCUCCUCCAGGGGAGCUGGAUGCAGGCGCCCCUUCUUCUGGGGGGCUGGACACAAGCGCCCCUCCUUCUGGGGAUCCGGACACAGCCGCCCCUCCUCCCGGGAGGCUGGACACAGACGCCCCUCCUUCUGGGGACCAGGACAGAGAAGCCCCUUCUUUAUAAGAACCUGCACUGAGGUCCUGAAAAUAACUGGGGUGCUGGGGAUGGAACUCUGAACCUCGGUGUCUGAGAGUUCAGUACCCACUGUGCUACCUCCCAGGUGUAAAUAACUGAAUAAACUCGUUACCUUUG